AUGCUGAUAAGCUUUGCAUGGUUGCCUGCAUGGCCGGAGUAUCUCGAACUCAAUGUCCUAAUCCUCCGGCAUGCACAUGCUCUUAGCCCGAUAAACAAUUUCUCGAGCGCCUUAAGCACGUCUGUUUCCGUACCGUUGCCCGGAAAAAUCGCAUACACAUUCACUCAGGCAACCUGGACAGAAACUGACAACAAGAACGCCACUGACAACGGUUGGCAGCCAUAUCUUGUAGUGUCUCCAACAAGGCACAGUGAGGAUCACGCGUCAUCUCCAAUCAUGGCUUACCGUUCCAGCCAUUUUACCCCUAUAUUCCACUUUGCUGGCAACACCCAUGUUCUCCCUAUCUUAGAGCGUGUGCGGGUCCAACUUUGUCAGUCAAAUGACCCAGCAUUUACAAUUUCGCUCAUGACGCUCCAUCGAUUGUGCACAGAUGGUGAGCUUGUCAGAAUUCGUGAUUGGGGUUUGGAAAAGUAG